AUGCCUGAUCACCAUAGGGACAAGGAACAACAAAACGCAACAGAGCAGGCUCUGUCCGUAACAGACACCGAUCCCUCCAAUUACCUCAUCCGCGCAACUCAAGGACAUAGCAUCAAAAGCGUGGACGCGGCAUCCUUCCUCGAGCCAUUAUCGCUGGAUGAUGCCUCUAAACUUCCGGAAACUGUCGUCCACGGUACAUUCCACGGCGCAUGGUCCGCUAUCCUGCAGUCGGGUGGCCUUCAAUGCAUGGGCCGUAAUCAUGUUCACUUUGCGACGGGGCCAUCCUUGGACUCUGUUCUCGGGGCGCAGCCAGAUUCAGCUGUACAAGGGAAAGGCGAAAAGAAGGUCAUUUCGGGAAUGCGGUGGGACGCUCAGGUACUCAUCUAUAUUGAUCUUCGCAAGGCUCUCGCCGCUGGAUGUCCUUUCUGGCGCAGUGAGAAUGAUGUCAUUUUGAGUGAGGGUCUUCCCUUACCGGGCGGCGGUGAGGGUAUUCAUGGGCAAUCGAAGAAGGUUGUUUCGGUUGAUUUCUUUGAUGUGGUGGUUGAGCGCAAGGCUGGGCUUGGGAAGAUCUGGGAGCGAGGCGAAAUCCUGCAGGAAUUACCGGCGCACUUGGCUAAAAAGGGGAACCCCAAGGGCAAGCGGUGA